GCACUUUCUGGUUGUCUGUGCACUGAGAGUCGGCCUGCCAUGUCUGAGAGGCAGGGGGUUCGGGGAGAUUGAAAGAGUCUCGGUCGACUCCAGUCGCCCAUUGGAUUGGGAGUGGACAGUCGCUAUGAUAAACGAAGGUCAAGUUAACAAAGGUCUGCUUUACAGCGUGGUUACCUAUUGUUCUGGAGAGCUGCGGUUUCUUGCUAAUGUUCUCCAACAAAAACAGGAACAGCAAUCCCUCUUCCCACACAUCCGACGCCCCCGGAGUCCCUCCCAUCAUGCGAGUCGUCGAGAAAAAAGUUCCCUCUCCUCCGCGUCACAAAUGCCUUUCGCUCGGUGGUGCGAAGCUCGGCAAAAGCCUUGACCAACGCCAUCCGGUCAGCAUCGAUGUUGAGCAGUCGCAUGCCUCUACGACCUGCUCGUACGACAACUGGAGCCGCCGGCGCAACUGUUCGUCAGCCGCGAAUUCUUCUUCCAUCGGAAUCGGGCAAGUCCGCUCGACGAAGAGUCCCCCGCCGUCCGAGCCGCUGCCUUCGCCGUUGUCAUGGUUGCGGAAGCCGUCGAGGACCUGAAGUCCGCCGCAACCGCCUAACCAAAAAGCUCCACCGCCUUGUGCCAGUUGAAGGCGUCGGCCAGGCCGAAGGCGUGGAUCGCCCGAGCGAGCCUGCAAUGCUGGUCGAUA